GAGGACCAUAAAGAGAACCAGUGGAUGGGAGUGAGAGUCAGGAGCCAGGGCCCUGGGGGAAAGGUUGUGGUGUGUGCCCACCGCUACCAGAGAUGGAAGUCGGAGGAGUCUCGGGUGAUGCCUGGCCGCUGCAUAGUCCUGGAGCAGGACCUGCAGGCACAAGAAGAUGAGCGAGACCCAUUCUGUGCUGAGGGAGGUCGUCUGGCAAGGCCAGGGGGAAAUACCAAGGAAUUCUUUGGCUAUUGCCAACAGGGAGUCUCUCCUGCCUUCACCAAUGACAAGCAGCACAUCCUAUAUGGAGCCCCAGGGGGCUACGACUGGAAGGGUAUCGUGCGUCUUGAACCGACAGACUGGGAUGUGGAUUAUCCUGAGGUGCUGGAAACCGGGGAAGAGAACGACCCCAAGCUCAUUCCUGUCAACAUCAGCAGUUAUUUAGGAUUCUCCAUAGGAUCCAGCACCACUCUGACCAAUAAAGGGGAGCUGAUCAUCGUGUCUGGAGCCCCAAGGUCUGGACACAGUGGCGAGGUGCUACUGCUGCGGAGUGAAGACAAAACCCAAGGUCUGGAUGUGGUGCACCGCCUCACUGAUCCUGGGCUGGCCUCGUCCUUUGGCUAUGACCUCGCAGUGGUGGACCUCAACGCAGAUGGGUGGGAGGACCUGGUUGUGGGUGCCCCCCAGUACUUUGAAAAAGAUGGAGAUGUGGGAGGUGCAGUCUACGUCUACAUCAAUCGGGCUGGAGGCAGAGACUGGAACAAUCUCAAGCCUGUCCGUCUCCAUGGAAAAAAGGACUCUAUGUUCGGGCUGGCAGUUGGAAGCAUCGGUGAUGUCAAUCAAGACGGAUUCCAAGAUAUUGCUGUAGGAGCACCGUACGAGGGACCCGGACAUGUCUACAUUUACCAUGGCUCUGCAGAGGGCAUUCUAGAGAAACCCACACAGAUUAUAAAAGGCAAGGGUGGUGUUAAGUUAUUUGGAUAUUCCUUAGCGGGGAACAUGGAUGUAGAUGAGAAUGGAUAUCCAGAUAUAGCUGUGGGAUCUCUCUCAGAUUCCGUAUUUGUUUACAGGGCAAAACCAGUCAUAAAUAUUGAGCAGACCUUGAUGAUAACCCCUGAUGGCAUCGAUGUAAAGAAUUACAAUUGUGAUAAGCAGCAAUGCUCAAUUACUGUCAAGUCCUGUUUUAGUUUCACCUCACAUCCAGCCACCUACAAGCCAGACAUCAAUAUCCGCUACAUGCUGGAAACAGACAGUCAGAGGAGGGAGUGGAAUCUGCCAUCUCGGGUGGCCUUCAAAGAUCCAUCCCAAGCAGAGGGCACUUUGAGACUCGGCAGUUCAAAAAAGGAAUGUGUUAACACAGAACUCCGGCUACAGACGGACAUCCAGGACAAGGUCAGGGCCAUUCCCAUUAGCGUGUCCACAUCACUCCUGAGUGCCACGUCCAGCCACCGUGGCGCAAGCCCAUCCCAGGUAUCAGUAGUUGGAGAGAAGGCGAAAGUGGAGAGCGAAGUUACAUCAGUGGAAGACAUUGGUUGUCCGGUCGAGUACAACUUCACGAUCAGCAAUCUGGGAAUACCUCUGACAUCAUUAACCACCGUGUCACUGGACAUCCAGUGGCCCAAACUGAAUAAGGAUGGGAAAUGGCUCCUGUAUCUGGUGCAGAUCGAGGGGAAAGAUGGUCAGAAAAUGUCCUGCUCUCCCACACAGGAAAUCAGCCCUCUCCAACACAUCGAGGCUCAAGGCAUAUCCAGAGGCAAGCGGCAGGCCGUGGAGGCGGAUCUGGAGGCUCAGAGCACUGAUGGAAUAUUAUCCAUAUUUGGAGGAAAAAGGAAAUACAAAAUGCUGGCUUGCGGUGGAGAAGCACAGUGUGUCACUAUAAAGUGUCCCCUAUUCGGCCUGGAAGAUAAAGCAGUGGUCCACCUCAGAGCUCGUUUGUGGAACAGCACAUUUCUGGAGGAGUACGAGUCCUUGAACUACCUGGACAUUCUGUUGAAUGCCUCACUCAGCAUCCAUUCAGCUCCGAAAAACAUCGGCCUCAGGAGCCUUCCUACUCAGGUGAAGCUGACGGUGUUCCCUGAGCAGAAGUCGUUGCUGAACCGCAGGGUGCCCUGGUGGGUGAUCGUGUUCUCCCUCCUGCUGGCCCUGGUCCUAUUGGCUCUCCUGGGCUUCCUGCUGUGGAAGCUUGGCUGCUUCAGUCGGCCGAUGUGUGGCAGAAACAAGAGAGAAUACCACGUCGUCUCAGAACAUCCCUCUGGAAAGCACUGAAUGCAUUACGAUUGGGAAUGGGCCCUAAUGUACAACGGCAAA